GUGGGGACGUUUGGUGUCACUACCGAUAAAUUUUUGUCCGCAUCCCGGCCGUAUGCCCCACUUAUUCAUUCCGUACCUACUUCAAACAACAUUCUACUACGAGUCGUAAUGGCGUCUACUAGUAAUGAUGAACUCAAUGGAGUUCUAUACUUCGCCUAUGGCUCCAACCUCUCUUCAGUACAAAUGCGCAAGCGGUGUCCCAGGUCUACACCCGUCGGCCUUGCGUAUCUAUCCGGCUGGACAUGGAUUAUCAAUGAGCGGGGCUAUGCCAAUAUCGUGGAGGACAGGACCAAAACAGGGGGCAUCUACGGUAUCAUCUAUCGUCUACAUCCGGAUGACGAAGAAUGGUUAGAUAUGAACGAAGGCGUUCCAUGGGCUUAUGAACGGCGAUUUAUCGAAGUUGAAGGCUUGACAACUACGUCUACAGCGAAAGGCGAAGGGGAGGAGGAAGUUGAGUUAAUUGAUCAAGGAAAAACGUCUAAGAAGAUUCGGGCCCUUGCAUACAUCGACUUUCACCGAAUCCGACCAAGUCAUCCAAAAAACGAAUAUAUUUGCCGUAUGAACAACGGAAUCGAGGAAGCUAUGAUGCAGUGGGGACUACCAGAGCAGUAUGUUGAUUCUGUUAUAAGGCCAUCCAUCCCUGCUGGGGAUAAGCAAUAAAUUUCAGACCACGAUGGUUGCGAGUAAGCUUUUGUUGAAAUGAGUGGUCAAGGGACUACUUUCAGGUACAGUACAUGGUAUCUUGGCAUGGAAUGUAUAUAUAAGAAGGAC